CAGAGCAAGAAUGGGAACACAUACAAUACUUAACAAGAUCAUUAAGCAAACGAAAUAAGGAAGCCUAGAACUAAAAGACACUGACAGUAUAUGAUUAUGCUUUGAGAUUAAAAGCAAGUUCGAUACUAGAGGUAAUUGAUCCCUUGAUAAACAUUUCACAUGCGAUAUUUCACUACAAGCACAUUGAACCCAUCCACAAAGUUCAGUGCAGUCAUUUCAUAAAUAAGUACUGUGUAGGGAAUUGAUUUUGAUAAUCGCAAAAAGCGCGCCUCUAUUCUCCCACCAUCAAUCAAGGAAAAAUUAGAACGAGGGUACAUGAGAAUUUCAUUUCAAAGUUAAAACGGCAGCAAUAAAUUUCACUCAUAUGAACUAAUCCUGAUAGAUGAUUCAAGUCCGUACCGUCAUAGGUUCUCCCAGAUAAAAAUGCCAGGUCUCUGCACAUGGGAUUCGAUGAAGCGCAGACACACAUCCAGAAGGAAGCAAGAAGUAAAUAGAGGUGCUCACAGGACGAUCAACCUUAUCUGCAACGAGUAUGGUACUUAGCUAUAUUGCCUAAAAAUGACACAAACAUCAUAUAGGAAGGCAUUUCUCAACUUCCCUUUUCGCCACACAGUAUCAGAUUGAGAUCUCAUAAGCAAUUUUAUAUGUGCGAAAGCUUAAAAACAGCGAGAACAACGAUGCUGAAUAGAAGAUGGAGUAAGCAAAAUCGGGGGCGCGCGCGAGAGGAAUCUUACAGGUAGAGGGAAGGUGAGAGGUGGAGAGCGUGACGGAAGUGUCCCUAAAGGUUUCAGCGAAGAAACCACCUUCUGGGUGCGGCUGAAGAUUCAAUCUUUUCACUAUCUCUGACGCAGAAGCCAUCGCCUUUUCGGGGGGCAGAAGCAGAAAGAUGAGAAGAGAGUAAGAUGAUGUACCAGUUGCCGGCUGAAGAUUAAUUUUAUGUCUCCUUGCAAAACCCUAAUACCCAGGCGGGGAGACCACGUGUCACUUGAAGAGGCUAUAAACAGAACAGUCAGGAAGAAAUAAAACGUGUCGAGUCCAAAUUCGGGGGCCUGACCGACUCGUCCUCCGCCUAUCCUCUUCGUGAUGAUUCUUCCCGAGCUCGGUUCAUUUUGUCUGGGUUGGUGGAAAAUUCCUGCGUUUGUUCAUUCCCACUUCCACGUCGCUCCACAAAAUCUAAUCUCUGUUCAUCGUUUUCUAUUGGAUUGAAUUGUGGGUUUCUUUUUCUCUUAGACCAACUAAACAAUGGAACCGGAAUUGCUUCAAGUGAUCGUCAAUGGAGGAAUCACAUACCACCAUCUGCACCGACCGGCGUUCAUUCUCGGCGGAGGCUUUGCUCUGGUGGCGGUUUCGCUCUCCCUUCUUCUUAUCUUCCAGCACCUCCGUUCCUACACCAAUCCCUCGGAGCAGAAGUGGAUUGUGGUUGUUCUCUUCAUGGUGCCAGUCUAUGCCACUGAGUCUUUGUUAUCUUUGUGGAACCACAAACUAUCGCUUGCUUGUGACAUUCUAAGGAAUUGCUAUGAGGCUUUCGCCUUGUACUCUUUUGGGAGCUAUUUAGUCGCUUGUCUAGGUGGCGAAGGAAGAGUGUUGGAGAUCCUUGAAACUGAAUCCAGAAGACAAUUAGUGAAACCAUUGCUGGAAGGUGGCGAGGAGGAGAACAGUCCACAAUUGCGGCGGAAAUCUUCUAUGGUUAACUUUCUCUUCCACCCUGAUCUCAUUGGGAGGGAUUUGUUCAAUAUUGAAAGAUUCGGCCUUGUCCAAUAUAUGAUUCUGAAGACCCUUUCUGCGUUCUUGGCAUUCUUGUUGGAGCUCUUUGGUGUGUAUUGUGAUGGGAGUUUCAAGUGGUACUGCGGGUACCCGUACAUUGCAGUUGUACUGAACUUCAGUCAGAUGUGGGCACUGUAUUGCCUUGUCCAGUUCUACAAUGUUACGCAUGAAAGGCUUAAACCAAUAAAGCCACUGGCUAAGUUCAUCAGCUUCAAAGCUAUUGUGUUUGCUACAUGGUGGCAAGGUUUCGGCAUUUCCCUGCUCUGUGCCUUUGGAGCUCUACCAAACGACCCCAAAUUCAGAACUGGUUUGCAAGAUUUCCUCAUCUGCAUUGAAAUGGCCGUUGCAGCUAUGGCACAUUCAUAUGUAUUUCCAGCAGAGGCGUACCAUUACGUUCCCCAUUCGAAAAAUGGAAAGGCAAUAAUUGAGACGGCGAAAGAAGAGGUAAAGUUGAGUGGAAGUGGUAAAGAGGAGAAGAAAGAGGCAUUUGUCGAGAAGACUGAAACUCGAGUUGAAGCUGCCGGGACAAGUGUUACAGAGAGUGUGCAAGACAUUGUUGUUCAAGGCGGCCAACACGUGGUGAAAGAUGUGGUGUUGACAAUCAACCAAGCAAUGGGACCGGUAGAGAAAGGCGUGACAAAGAUCCAUGAGAAGUUUCACCGACGAUCAACAAGUUCAGGAGUAGAAACAGAGGAAGAAUCAGAAAUAGAAGUGGAAAAGCAUUAGGAAGAGGAGGCAAAACGAUAACCAAGGAGAGGAGCAAGUUAGGAGAUCAGGAUUCAGACCUCUCAAGAGGGUUCAUUAGCUUUUGACUUGUGGAUGCAACGUCUUUGAGUAUCCUGCUCCUGGAUAUCGUUGGAAGUUUUGAAUCCAAGGUUGGUUUAUGGUAGAAGAUCCAGUUUCUUUCUGGCAAAGCAUUCAUCAAUUCGUCGUUGGCAUCCCUCUGUUACGACUUUCUUUAUUCUUUUUUGUAAUAACUAUAAUAAGCCCAGUGAAUGUAUAUCUUUUUUGGCUCCGUUAGUGAGAAUGGGACAUUGAUGAAAACAACACACCAUGCAUACAACACGAUUCCUAAUUGGAUGUAGAAAGGAUGAGACAAGACAGUGAUUUGGAAAGGAAGGUUGUUUCAAAGUAUUGUCAUUCAUUCAUAUCGACAACCCUUCAUCCUUCCUUCCUCGGGCUAGGGCCUAGUGGUGAACAAAUAGCCCAGUUCGAUCCAACCCAUUCUUAUUUAUGCUAACAUUAAGCUAGGUGAUGGUCUUAUUUUGGACAAUCCGUCUCUUUUCGGUUGGGUGUGGAUUUUGCGUUACGUAACUCGUAGAACCCGACCCAAUUCGUGUUCUGAAUACUGUCAUCAGUAUGUUUGUAAGAAAAUUAAAUUAUUUUA